AUCCCUUUCACACACUACAACAGCGAGUGGGGCCGGCUGGAGCCGCAGACUCUGUGGAUGGCGGCCGGAGCUGAGCCGGGAUAUUGGGAUACCGAGAACCGGAUCAACAAGGUGUACCAGCACAAGGACCCCGACGACCUGAAGACGCUGCAGAUCCAGUACAACUAGAGCAGGGGUCUCCACACGCUGCAGAAGGAUUCCGGCUGUGAGCUCCUGUCCGACGGGAGCGUCCGUGGAUCCCAUCGGGAAGGCUACGACGGGCGGGAUUUCAUCUCCUUUGAACUGGGAUCCAAGAGCUUCGUGGCGGCCGAUGGCGCUGCCCAGAUCACCAAGAGGAAAUGGGAAUCUGACGGGACCAUGGUGGAGGAGUUGACAAAUCUCUUGGAGCACACCUGCCUGGAAGUGCUCCGGAAACACGUCUGGUACGGGCAGGAGGCGCUGGAGCGAAAAGAGCCUCCUGAUGUCCAUGUCUCUGGAAAAGUGGAACACGGGAUCCUGACGUUGUCCUGCCGUGUGUAUGGAUUCUACCCUGGGAUCAUCGGGAUCAACUGGCUGAAGGGGGAUGAAAUCCGGGAUCAGGAGACGGAGUGGGGCGGGAUCGUUCCCAACAGCGACGGCACCUUCCACAGCUGGGCCAGGAUCGAGGCGCUGCCGGGGCAGCGGGAGCAGUACCGGUGCCGGGUGGAGCACGCCGGAAUGCCGGAGCCCGGGAUCUUCGUCUGGGAGCCAGAAUCCGGAUGGAAUUCCACCCCGGUGCUGGUCGCUGUGUCCGUCAUCGCUGCCAUCAUCAUCAUCAUCAUCAUUGGCCUCAUCCUCAUGAGAUUUGGCGUCUGGAAGCUCCGAUCCAGGGAUGCUGUGCCGCGGGUCCUGAUCCCACUUUAUUUCCAUAGGGAAGAGGGACAGGAAGGGACAUAACAUGGCAACUGGAAUAGACAUGUGAACCAACAGCUUGGCCACAGGAAUCACCGCCUGAGUGAU